CUUGUCUUAAUUUAGAAAAUUGGAGAACCCUAAUAAAAUUAAAACCUCGAUGAGGGUUUUAAGUUUUAACCCUCCACACAAGAAAUCCUGCUUCAUAUUUCGCACAACUCUCUACCAAACGUUUUCAAUUUAAAUUAUUCCAAUUCUUCUUCCCCAAUCCCAAUCCCAAUCCCAAUCCCAAUCAAACGCAGCUUGGGAGGAUAACCUAAUGCUUUAAAUCAGGUAAUAAUUCAUGGGUUGACAAAUCUGAUAUCGUUCGAGCAUGGAGUGUAAUAAAGACGAAGCUUUCAGGGCGAAAGCAAUCGCCGAGAAGAAGUUAAUAAGAGGCGACAUAAAAGGAGCCAAGAAAUUCGCGUCUAAGGCUCAAAGAAUGUUCCCCAAGCUCGACGGCCUGUCUCAAUUCCUUGCAAUUAUUGAUGUUUACGUCGCCCACGAAAAUAAAAUAAACGGGCACUCAGACUAUUACGGGAUCUUUGGCUUAGAUCGUUUUGCCGAUGAACAAACACUGAAGAAGCAGUACAAAAGAAUGGCUCUCUCUCUCCACCCCGAUAAAAACCGGGCAGUUGGGGCAGAUGGAGCGUUCAAGAUUAUGUCUGAAGCGUGGUGUGUGCUCUCGGACAAGGGUAAGAGAAGUGCUUAUAACUCGAAACUGGAAAUAAAAGCAUCGAAGCAGACUACGUAUACCGUUAAAACUCAGAGUGUACGACGUACUCAGAGACAAACUCAAGGUACUGGUACUAAUGCGCAGAGUACAACUGCUCGAGACGGUGAAGGUAAAAAACCGAAGAGUGAAACGAGUAGUGAGGGGAGUUUUUGGAGCUGGAGAAGAGUUGUGAAGUACAAGGAGUUAUCUUUGUCUCUGUUUCUCUUUGCGUCUCUUCUCACUUUCUGUAUUUCUUCGAAUCCCGGAAAGAAGAUUAUGGCACAAUGAUUAAAAUUUGAUUUGGGAUGUUAAUGAUUAUAAUAUAAUGUUUUGCUUAGUGA